GCGGUUCCAUCCCCACUUCGCGCCAUGCCUGUUCCCUCUGCAGCUCUGACGUUGCCAGCACCGCCUACAGUUCAGCAGCUGUAUGACGAGCUCCGGGAGGAGUUUCAGCUGCUCCGCAACGAGCUUCGCCAAGAGCAGCAGGAGAUCCUCGCGCGCGUCACGGCGCUGGAGCUGCGCACGCUGACGGGAAAGCGCAACUCCCAUUCCGUGUGGAGAGCGGGAUCGGAUGGCUCCGAAGCGAGUCCAAAGUCCAAAGGAAGCCGGCCCAAAUCCAUCUGGAAGACCAGCACGGAUCCGUUGACCCCCCAGUCACACAUGACGUCGGACACCAAUGGGCCCAAUGGUCCCAAUGGUCCCAAUGAGAACAGACAAGCUCAUGAAGCUGAAACCAAUGAGCUUCAAGCAACAGAUACAAAUCUGCAGAUUGAUAUGCCUGCCGAUACGGUGAAUGAAGCGGCCGUCUUCGAUGAUGGUCUGGAAGAGGUGGAGGUCCACUUUGAGGAUAGCGCAUGGAGCAUUCCCAUGGUGCUCGGCCUGGUGGACGCAGGCAGGUUCGACACCGGUUACGCGGUGCUGCUGCUGUUGGUGAACUGCGGGAUGCAGGUCAUGUUCUCAGGCAUUUUGUUAUCCGACGGAUUCAUGGGGGAGGACUUUUCAGAGGAGAAGGAGAACGCAGAGAUUUGGCGCACCAGUGUGGCCCAUGACUACAAGUACAUGGACUUGGCACAGACCAGUUUGGUAACUCGUGUGUGCAGCGGAGAUGGUGCAUUGAUCCUGUCCACAGUGCAAGCAACCUUGGUGCGGCAGAUCAAUAGUUAUUUGGGUUUUCCAACUGGUGAUGGUGCAAACUUUGAACUGCCCACCUUUCAACCGGGGUUGCUGCUCUGUGUCCUUUGCAUUCUGUUGUGGAGCCUUUGUGUCUACAAGGAGUUCCGCGGUAUCUCCCUGUCCCUGGCCGCUGCCUGUCAGAUUCCCAGGGCGAAAAAGACGGUUUUCAAAGAGGGAACGUUCUACAGGAUCUCGUUUGGUCGCUUUGGUCUGCUACUCUUCACCUAUUUCACGCGCCUGGCGGUUGCAACGGUUUUACUCCUCGCGGGGAUCUCCUGGUUGGCGCGGACCACUUCGAUCUCGGAGCUCAUGCUGAACGCCGUAGCUCUCAAUGCCAUCCUGGACGUGGAUGAGUUUUUGUUCCUGGGACUGACACCCAUGAAGUUUCAGCAUGGCAUUCAAAGCUUGGCCCCUCUGACGGUGACACACAGCCGACGCAGAAGUCAGUGGGAGUCCAGUGUUCAGUGUCUGAUGCUCUUCUGUACCAUGUGGCUCCCCUUUGGUCUCUUGCUGCGGCCUCUGUCGAAGACCAUGUUGGAGGUGAAGGAGACGCUUUGUGGUGGGAACCAGGCGUUCGUCAUCUUUCACAAUGCUGAAACCCAGCUGACCUACGGCCUGAUGACCUCACAGGACCGCGGCCUGGGCAACCUCUCCGUCAGCGAAUUGGCGGUGCAGGACUGGAAGUUCAGCUCGGAGCCAAUGCCUGGGUACAUCCUUUUCUCGGCCUCAGAGGAGCUCUUUGAAGUGGAGAGAGUGCGGUCCAUGACCGAAAUUGGAUCCAGUUUGCCUAUGUGUUUGGAGACGGAGGUGCUGUUUGAUGGCGGGAGCCUGCGUAAUGAUUCCAACAUCUACGAGUCUGUCCUUCUGUUUCUUCGAUCCGCGGGAGCGGCCAUGGGACUUGAAGGUGCAUCGAGCUGCUCGGAGCUCAGCCAUUUAUGUGAUCAUCACAAUGCUCGGCUUUUGCGUUACACUUGUGGCCACACAUGUGGAUGCACAGAUCCUGCAGCCUCGCCAUGGUACAAGCUGCCCAACCAGGGCUGUGCCCCAACCUGCACUUGGCGUGCAACGAUGCUACGGAACCAACAGCCUUGUGAGGACGUAUCGGCCAACCACAGCAGCUGGCAGAAAUUUUGGUUGGACUAUGCGUCGGUGCUGUCCGGUCACUUCGGCACCGACAUCACCAGGGCCAGCGUUUGGCCUGGCAUCAACCUGACGAUCCAAGUGAUGCUUCGGACUGGCUGUGCCUCGCUGCUGCAGAGCCCCACGGAUUUCUUGACGCAAGCCACGUGGUGUUUGGGCGACGACGAGUCGUUUGGUCACUCGAA